AUGGAAAAGGCUAAAUACUUUGCAAUUGUUGAACGGUUUAUAGAGCAUUUUAAGAUUCCUAAUGAAGGUGUUAUUGAUAAAUCUCCAAUAGAAGUUUAUGGUAAUUCAGGUUUGACAAUUAUUCUGAAACCUCUAAUUCCAGCUCCACUUUUACAAUAUAGACUAAUAAUUCAUCGUAGAACCACUUUUGACAUCUUGAAAUUCCCCCAGUUUACUAAUCAGUUGGCAAGACUCUGGACUCGUCAAGUAACGUCAAUACCAGGAAGACACAUAGUAGUAGUAGGACAGCCAGGAGUAUAUUACGAAGAGCCAAUGAAAGGUCUUAAACAAAAGUAUAGUUUUGCAGAUAAAGUUGAUGAUUUUGUUAAUUACUUGGAAGUAUUCAUUGAAAAUAUGAAAGUUGAAUUAGACAAACAAGAAAACUUUAAUGUUAAAAAUCUGACUAUUAGAGAUCCAAUAUGUGUGCAAUAUAAAGUUGACAAUCAAAACUUAAAUAAUAAAAACAAAGUAGCUAGUAAUUUGAGACGAAUAAGACACUGUCAAAAAUGUAAACAAGCAGGUCACUAUACCCCUUGA